GGCAACACGUACGAAGUGGGCAACUACGACCAGUGCCGCCGAGCCCGGUAUCACGCCAUAGCCGGGCAGCACUGUUCGCUGGAGAUCGACGUGGUCGUGCUGGAGCUGAACGUCGAUCCCGUUUGGUACGGCGUUUGCAUGCCCGCCGUUUGCAGACCACUGCUGAUUGAGCAACUUGCGAACUCGUUUCUACGGACGCGGUGGAUGAGGGUUAUGAACGAUUUGGAACUGUACUGCUUUAGGGAUGAGGAGAAGCCAUUUUCAACGCUGACGAUUGUUGCGAUGUGAGUUUUGAGGCGGUGAGUCGAUUAUGAAAUAACGAACAACCUUUUCAGCGUGUUGUUUUCUUGUUACGGAGCGGUCUUGCUAACGGCGACUGUUGCUGACCUGAUCUUCAACGGGUUCCUAGAAGACGUUCCACCCUGCAUCAAGCGGUUCUCCGUGAACACCAACAUGAAGAAGCUGUUUGAGAUGACCCCAAAGAGUACCACCAAGUCCGGCACGAUGGACUGCGUGAACGGAGUUCGUGCCCUCUCCAUGUUCUGUAUAAUCGUGUACCACGUUCACGACGUUACGCUGGCCACGCCAACGGUCAACCAAGUCAUGCUGGUUGAGUACCGAAAUUCGACCAUUGGAGUUCUGCUCUACAAGCUGAGCGAGAAGGCGGUGGAUACGUUCCUGCUGCUGAGCGGAAUGCUCGUCGCUAUGAAGGUGCUCCGCGAGCUUGAUCAGGAUAAGAAGCUCAACCUUCUGAGGUUGUACCUGCAACGAAUCAUUCGAAUCGUUCCAGCUUACGCAGCGUUGCUGCUGUUCACACUGGCUUUCUCGACUCGCUUUGGUGACCGGAACUUCUACCAAGCAAUCUCGCAAGAGAUCAACCCGUGUUUCAAGAAUUGGUGGAAGUUGCUCCUCUUCUUCCACAACUACAUCGAUCAUUCCGAGAUGUGCUACGUGCACACGUGGUACAUCUCGGCGGACAUGCAGCUGUACCUGCUGUCUCCGCUGGUUCUGAUCCCGCUGUGGAAGUUUGGACGACGAUUCGCUGGCGUGAUCGUGCUGUUGGCGCUGAUCUCGAUGUGCUGGGUGUUUGGAACCUUCACAGACAACGACUAUCGACUGAAUGCAACUGAUGCCCAGAUGGGAGCAAAUACGUACUACUCAACUCACGCCCGGAUGGCCGCGUGGUUGUUUGGCGUCAUUUUUGGGUAUUACCUGCACCAGACUCGGUUUACGAUCGUCCGGAUAACCAAAACCGUUCAGAUCGUUGGCUGGACCUUCACGGUUGCCAUCUUUCUCGUAAUCAGCUACGUCACGAAGAAAGUCUUCACCGAAGAGUACAAAACAAUCCCGCCCAUCGUGGACGCCUUCUACGAAUCGCUGCACCGAUCGUUCUGGACGUUCUGCUUGAUUUGGAUCAUCUUUGUCUGCGUCAACGGGUACGGAGGGAUGGUGAACCAGUUCUUGGGUUGGCCCGGCUGGCAACCGUGGGCGAAGCUGUCGUACAGCAUGUAUUUGGUGCAUAUUUGGGUUCAGAUGGUUACCGUGACCAUGAAAGUUACGGUUCCAGUCUAUUUCACAGUUUACGGGUUGCUUCAGUCCAUCUUUGGACUGGUUGGAUUGAGCGCAUUGGCUGGGAUUGUUUGGAGUGUUGCGUUUGAGUAUCCGUUCUUCGGGAUUGAGAAGGUUUUGGUUAAUAAGUGGAAAUAA